AACAAACCGUGUCGACGACUUUUUGGGUUUGGAGUAUUUCACCAUCUCCCCUCUGAUGCGUAUGCGUUGGUUACAGGGUUGCUAUCCUUUUCUGUCUCCUUCUCUACUCCAUCAUCAACAACGAUUCACACAUAGCUUUCAAGAAAAUUUCUUCCAAUAAUUUCUACAAAUCGACUCCAGAGAGCGAUUGUUAGGCCCAAUUCCAUCCAAUGGCAGAAAAAAUACAUCCUUCUGCCAGACCAACAACCGUAAAUGGUCACGCCCCCACCAGCACCACCGCCAAUGGUAAUGGUAACCCAUCGUUUCCGGCCAACAAAGCUCAACUCUACAAUUCAACUCGCCCAGUCUACCGUCCUCUACCCCGCCGCAACCGCCGUAGUUGUUGUUGCUCUUGUUGCCUCUGGAUUACUUUCGUUAUCCUCCUUCUGAUCGUCAUCGCCGCCAUAGCUGGCGGUGUGUUUUACGUCCUCUACCGCCCCCACCGACCUUCCUUCGCUGUUUCAUCGCUCCAGGUCUCUCAAUUUAACCUAACCUCAUCGAAUCAACUCAACACUAAAUUCAAUUUCACCGUCACUGCUCGUAAUCCUAACAAGAAGAUCGCGUUCUACUACGAUCUGGUUUCCGUUUCGAUUGAUUCGAAAGGAGUCGGUGUCGGUGACGGAUCAAUACCGGCGUUCGUGAUGCCAAAGAAGAAUACGACUAAGUUGAGGACGAUUGUGUCGACGACUGGACAGAGUGUGGAUGAUAGUAGCGAUCUGAAGUCGGAUCUGAAGAACAAGAAGAGUUUGCCAUUAACUAUCCAGCUUGAUACGAAGGUGAAGGCGAAGAUCGGAAGCUUUAACACUAAAAAAGUACCAAUCAGAGUGGUUUGUAAAGGGAUUAAGGUGACGGCACCCACCGGUAAAUUAGCAACGACGGCGACAACUUCCGAUGUGAAAUGUAAGGUGGAUCUUCGAAUCAAGAUCUGGAAAUGGAGGAUUUGAGGUGAAGAACAAGGUGUGAUUUGAUUUUUACGAUUUUUUUUAAUUAUAACUACUUUUUUACGGUUUUUUUAUCGGAUAAUUGAUAUGUUUAGUUAACAGGUGAUGUGUAUUUAGUGCUAUUUCAUAUCGUAUUUUUACAAGAACACAAACGUGGGUCUUAAAUUUCUCUUAAUUUCUGGGAUUUGUUAUUGCAUUUUAUGUAUCGACAUCUUUUCGUUUCAA